CUGCCCAGCGCCCUUCUUCCGGCUGCUCACGGAGGCCAUGAUGGACCACCCGCUCUACACUCCGGACCCCCGCGACGCCUCGGUUAUCUUCUUGCGGCACGACACGCUCCGCAUGUGCGAGUGGCCAGACCUGCUCAUGCUCCCAGGCGAGGACGGGAGGGAGCACGGCAAGUGCGGCUGCGUGGAUGCCGGCGGAGACGGCUACGACGGCCCAGCGCUGGACAAUUACUCCCGCAGCUGCGGGUGGUGCUGUCCCGUCGGCUCCCACUUGUUCGCGGCGACCGUCCAGGAGGUGGUGAGGAGACUCUUUUUCUCUUGUUUAAGAUCCGGCCAGGACCCGGGCUAUCGGGCCCGUGUGCCCCCCCCGCCUCUCCUGGAUAACCUGACCUUGUGGGUUGCGCACGCCCGAAGCGGGUACGCAGGACUGGUGCGGGUGGGCAUACGUGGGGUUGCCCAAAGCGACAAGGUUUGGCUAUCGGCCUGCACUUCCUCCGCCCCCCACAAGAUAACCUGGGUUAUCGCAGAAAAAGAAAGCACGAUCUCGAGGGAGUACGGGCCCAUCCACACCUUCGUGUACUUCAAGAACGCGCAGGACACGUUCUUCAACUGCGGGGAGUUCGA